CACGAUAAGAUGAUACCCCCCUGCCGUUUCUUGCGACUGCUUGCGAUCGUCUACCCACCGCCCGGCCCGAUCGUCUUGUCCCCCUUUCCCCCUGAUCUCCCGCUCGGUACCUCCUUCCAUCCACCGAUCGACCGAUCGAUUGAUCCGAAAGAUCCUCCUCUUGUUCUUUGAGCGAUCGACCAAGAGGGAUCCAUGGCGAAGAGUUCCUUCAAGUUGGAGCAUCCCCUCGAAAGGAGGCAAGCAGAGGCUGCUCGUAUCAGGGAGAAGUAUCCUGAUAGGAUUCCUGUAAUUGUGGAGAAGGCUGAAAGAAGUGACAUUCCAGAUAUUGACAAGAAGAAGUACCUGGUUCCUGCUGAUCUGACAGUAGGACAAUUUGUUUAUGUGGUCCGCAAGAGGAUUAAGCUCAGUGCCGAGAAGGCCAUCUUCAUCUUUGUGAAGAAUUCUCUGCCACCCACAGCUGCUAUGAUGUCUGCAAUCUACGAGGAGAACAAGGAUGAGGAUGGUUUUCUCUACAUGACUUACAGCGGGGAGAACACAUUUGGAUCUGUUUAAGCAAAACAUCCGAACCAUAAUUCUGUAAAUAAGACCUGAUAACCUGCACAUUCUCCUCGCUCUCUCAUGAAGCUUCACGGUACUGUUCAUGCACCAUUUCCAUCAUCAUGAGUCUGGUCCAGUGUGUUCGAACUUGUGACGCUUACAGCACUGUCUAAUGCCCCUAAACAUUGGAAAUAAUAAAUCUUAGAAGUCCUAUAUAUUAAUUAUA